GGCUUAAGUUUUAUUCUUAUAUCAUUGUGUACUCUGUAGCUGUGCUCUCUGUCCUUCUUUAUGGCUAUGAGGUACUAAUGCUGAAAAUAAAAAUAUUGAAGAGGCUAGCUAUGUUUGACUGCAGGUAUCUGUGUAGUAUCUGGCGUGUUAAGUGACAUAAUAUUUAUUUAUUUUUUAUUUUUUAUUACAGCUUGAUUCCACACCGUAUUUUUGGUACAAGUGUGGAAUUUUCAGCGUGGAUAUCGGUAGCCCAAAAUUCGCAGGCCGACCAUAUAUAUCAAGUGUGCGUCGGCGUGGGCUCGAACCCCGGACUAUGUGCAUGGUCGGCGAGAGUCCUAACCACUGUGCCAACGACGCACUAAUGAUGACUUCAUUAUAUGCAAAAAGAAUGACACUUCUCGCUGGACGCAUAUUCAAAGAUGUCGGUAAACCAAUUGACAAUAAAUCAAUGAAAGUUGUCAAGAUCAUGAGUGAACUACCGCGUCCAAUGAUACUGAAAGAUUAUUAUCCAAAUUUAGAAGAGUAUAGCAGUAUCCUCUGGAAAUUACGUCAUGUCGGUUUGUAUAGAGAUGAACAUGCUGAUUUUCGUGAAGAGAUGGCACGUCUACGUGAAUUACGUGGUAAGGGUAAGAAAAAGAAGGGUGAAGGAAAGCAAACAGGCAGCUAAUGUGUGCGUGUGUAUAAUAUUGUUGACUUAUCAGGAGUAAUAAUAGUAGUGGUUUUGUACAUAGUAUAUUUUGCUUAUAAAAAUUAUCUAUUAAAAUAUUGUGUUGUCU